AUGGGUAAUUGUGCUACGUAACAAGAAAACUUAAAAAAAAAAUCAUCAUUUAAUGUUUAAGGAUAUAUUUUUAAUGAUAUUAUAGGAAAAGGAGGAUAUGGAAAAGUAUGGCAUGUUACUAAAAGAAAAAACAAAUAAAAUUAUGCAAUGAAAAUAAUGUCAAAAGUAAAAAUAUUAAGCAAAAAAAGCGUUACAUCUGUUUUAAAUGAACGUAAACUUCUUGCUUUUUUAUAACAUCCAUUAAUUAUUGGUAUUGAAUGUUCUUUUUAAGAUAGAGAUAAUUUAUAUUUAGUUAUGCCUUAUAUUUCUGGAGGAGAUUUACGUUUUCAUUUACAAAAAAACUAAUUUAAUGAAUAACAUUGUAUUAUAUCUUCAUUAGAAUAUAUCCAUUAAAAUAACAUUUUACAUAGAGAUGUAAAACCAGAAAAUUUAAUAUUUGAUGAAAAUGGUUACGUAAAAAUUACUGAUUUUGGAAUAUCUAGAUUAUGGAGACUUCAAAAUUCAAAUGAAACUAGUGGUACUCCUGGUUAUAUGGCUCCGGAAAUUUUAAUGAGAUAAAAUUAUGGUAUAGCAGUUGAUUAUUAUGCUUUAGGAGUAAUUUUAUAUGAAUUAGCUAUGGGAAGGAGACCAUAUAAAGCAACAGAUAGAUAGGAAUUAAGAGAAUAAAUAAUGGCAAAAUAAGUGUAAAUAAAAAUAGAUGAAGUUCCAAAGGGAUGGAGUUUAGAAAGUAUAGACUUUAUAAAUCUUUUAAUAUAAAGAAAACCUUAAAAUAGACUUGGUGUAAAUGGUCCAUAAGAAGUAAAAAAUCAUAUUUGGUUAAAAACAGUUUCUUGGUAAAAAAUUUAUUCUUAAGAAUUAGAGGCACCUUAUAAACCUUAGGUAUAUAUUUUUUUUUUUUUUUUAAAUAUAUUUUUUUUUUCUAUUAAGAAAUGUUAAAAUUAUUAUAAUAAUAAUAAUUUAAAAUCUGAAUAAAGCGAUAUUGAUAAAUAAAAUUUAAUUUUAUUAAGAAAAAAUGAUGUUUAAUCUCUUUUUAAAGGCUAUGAGUUUGAUUUAGUAAAUAAUAAAAGGGAAUAAAGUGCAACACUUAUAGAAGAUAAAUGUAUAGAGGAAACUAAUAAUAGUAAAACAUGUGCAGAUUAUACAGAUUAAUUAAUAAAAUAAAUGGCAUAAUAAUUAACUAAAUCACCUAAUGCAAAUUAAAAAAGUAUUAAUUAAAAAAAUAUAUAAUAAAAUUAAUAAAAAGAUGAUUGUAAAUAAAAUAUUUAAGGUAAUGCUAGCAAUGGUAAUAUUAAUAAAAUAGUAAAUUAAAAUAGUAUGAUUUGUAACAAUAAAGAAAAAACAAAUAAUAAUAAUAAUUCUAAUAAUAAUUGA